AUGAAGGUGCUGCUCCUUACAGUGCUGGGGGCCCUGUUCUUCGCCUAUUAUUGGGAUGACAAUUUUGACCCAGAUGACCUCCAGGGGGCUCGUGUGCUGCUAACGGGCGCCAGUGCAGGUGUUGGGGAGGAGCUGGCCUAUCACUAUGCACGCCUGGGCUCCCACCUGGUGCUCACUGCCUAGGCUGAUGCCUUGCUGCAGAAAGUGGUAGGGAACUGCCGGAAGCUGGGAGCCCCCAAGGUCUUCUACGUCGCCGCGGACAUGGCCUCCCCCGAGGCACCUAAGCACGUGGUGCAGUUUGCGCUGGACCAGCUGGGCGGGCUGGACUACCUCGUGCUGAACCACAUCGGCGGCGCUCUGACGGACAUGCGGUCCCGCAGCGCCCAGGCAACAAACUGGCUCUUGCAGGCCCCGCCUCGCCCCCGGCUCUGCUUCCGCCUGGUAACUCGCAGUCGCGGUCUGCAGGUGAACUUCCUGAGUUACGUGCAACUGACUUCGCUGGCUCUGCCGAGCCUGACGGAUAGCAAGGGCUCCCUGGUCGUGGUGUCCUCGCUGCUCGGCCGCGUGCCCACGUCCUUUUCCACCCCCUACUCCGCGUCCAAGUUCGCGUUGGACGGCUUCUUCCGCUCCCUGCGGCGGGAGCUGGAGGUGCAGGAUGUGAACGUGGCUAUCACAAUGUGCGUCCUGGGCCUCCAAGAUCGUGCCUUCGCCGCCGAGAGAGUCAGGGGCGUCACUAGGGCCAAGGAGGCCCCGAAGCCCAAGGCGGCCUUGGCCGUGAUUCGCGGCGGUGCCACGCGCUCCUCUGGCGUCUUCUACCCGUGGCGCUUCCACCUACUCUGCCUGCUCCGGGUCUGGGUGCCACGCCCGCGCGCAUGGUUCAUCCGCUAGGAGUUUAACGUCACCUCUGCAGCUACUGCCUGAGCUGGGGGUGUUGCCUCUCAUCUUCCCGGAGGAGGGACACACCAUCCAGGACACUAGCAGAGACACUUCUGAGAGGGUGGCCACAGCCUAAGACAGUCAUAAAGAUAGAAAAGCAGGCUCGGCACCUAUAGCUCA